AUGAUGCCAUCGACGUCGAUCCGGGAUACCCUGACCCCGUUUAGCCGACAGUCGGAAACCCUCAGCUCCCCGGACUCGAAGGGCAACAAUGGCGAGGCGAUGCGGUGCUCGAUAUGCUCGCGCGAAACCGACUACUGCAUCGUGGCGUCCUCCUUCGAGCACCCCCGUUGUCAGCAGUGCUUCGAUCAGAUGACCUCAGUCCCGAAUCAGGUCCUCAUCCCGGCUACGCUCGCCGGCAGCCCGAUCGACAUGCGGCUGAACGCCUCGGAGUCGACGAUCUCGGCCGAGAUGAGCCCCCCGGAGAAGCGCAUCAAGAUGGAGGAA